GGGCUAUAGCAACACCCUCACAACCCUGCACGGCGGGUGUUACUUUAGUAAUACGCUGAUAUGCCCCGUCUUUAGAAAAGAUAACGUCGUCAAUCAUCGUCAGAUCGCACUGAUAAGCAGACUAGUGCCGCAGACGCUGCUUUUAUCGGGACGGUGCAAACCAGCUUUCUCCUCUCCGAGAUGUCGCAAGCUAAAGGUGGUGUCAGGAAGCCGGCCGCGGCGGCAGCGGGCCCGAGUACCAACCCGGCCCGGGUCUCAUCGGGCCGCACCCCGAUAAACACCAACACCAAGCACCCCGAACAGUGGACUCUGCUCAACGACUGGAACAUGGAGAAAAGGGAACAGUACGAGUACUGGUUCUUGGACGUCCAGACGCAGAUCACAAACAUGGCGACCAAGUUGGACCAGUCCAUGUGGGAACACCCGCACCCCGAGUCCCCGUACUACGGCUUCCCCCCGCGGGACGAGCUGGAACUGCAGAACCAGUGGCUGCGUCAGCUCAUGGAGGACAAGAUGGCGACCGUCCCCAACACCAUGGCGUACGGGAUCGCCAGGAAGAUCAACUAUUGACGACCAUGAAGCAGAGACUAGCGAUCGAACAAGAACAGUUGAUUAACACUUCGUUUUAAUCUGAUAAAGGGAGCAUAAAAUGAAAUAUCAUUGGCAUCAUUACCUUGUAGUCUACGAAAACAAGUAGCAAGUACUAAGGCAAAAGAGUUGAGGCAAAAUUGUAGGAAGUAGCCUUGAUAACUGUACAUGUUUUACUAUACCCAAAAACUAAUGUAUAAUAUCAAAACCAUUUGUAACACAUGUUUCACCAGUCCGAAACAACAAUGUGCACGUGAAAGCACACUGUAGUCACGAAAGUGUCACGUUUUCGUCUAUGUGGUGUUUCAGUUUGGUGAUCAUUUCUUUUGCUGUGCGAAUAAAAGUUGCCGUAUUGCUGCUAUACAAA